UGCAAUAUGAGGGCUUCUUAUUGCGGUGACUUCUCUUAUUGUGGAGCACGGGCUCUAGGCGCGCGGGCUUCAGUAGUUGUGGCUCAGGGGCUCUACAGCACAGGCUCAGUAGUUGUGGCGCAUGGGCUUAGUUGCUCCACAGCAUGUGGGCUCUUCCCAGACGAGGGCUCGAACCCGUGUCCCCUGCAUUGGCAGGCGGAUUCUUAACCGUCUUCCCUGGCCCCUCUUUCCUUUGGCUUUAGGGGAGAGCUGCGGGCAGAAUAUGGUGUGCCUGACUUGCUCUGUGGGACACUGGGUCCCCAGGGAAUCAGUUGUCUCCAAGUGUCCUCACUGUGUCUUGCUCAGCUUUGCCCUCUUCUUCCUCAAAAGUUGAGUGACUUCCCAACCUGAGCUCACAGCAGGCUCUAUUCCCCUGUCCUCUUCCAUCCACCUAAAGCACGUUCGCACACUGGCAGGAUACCCAAACACACCCAUCACUGACUGCGCCCUGGGAGUGUGCUCUGUUCCCAUUACCUGGGCUCAUGGUGAUACCAAUUGUCAUGAGAUUAUCUGCCCCCUUCCACGCUUGAGCUCUUAGUGUGGACUGUCCCACAUUCACCUGAGACAGUGUAGCCAGUCCUCUACCUAUGUGGCAUCACCAGUUCCCCUGUGACCUGUCCAAGGUACAGUCUGACCCAAACUCUCUCUUGCCUCCAUCGAGCCCUUCAAGUUUUUCCCUGAUCUAAGGCCAGCAUUUCUCCUUCCUCAGCAUACUUAGAAUGUCAGAGAGCUAGAGGCGGCCUCAGAAUCCUGACAAUACCCUGGUUCUUGGCUUCGGGCCCAGAUUCUUAGGAGUCCUCAGUGGUAGGAAUAGGGUCUAAAGUUUCUAACAUUUUGCUUUUUAAUAGCAUUUUUUUCUAAUUACAAAGUAAUGCACGCAUGCUCAAGCAGAAAACUUGGAAAAAGCAGAAAAGUAUAAGGGAAUUUUAAAAGUCACCCUAUUUAUCCCAUUCACCCCCUCAGUGGGCCAGUGCCUGGAACAGAUUUGGUGCGUAAUAAAUAUUUGUUGAAUGAAUUAUCUUUGAUCCCAUCACCCAGAGAUAAAAGCCACAAUCACCUUUCGAUUGUUUAUCCUUCCAGUCAUAGAUAUGUUAUACUACCUAAAUAAGAUCAUAUUGUACACAGUUUUAUGGCCUGCUUUUUUUCUCUCGUCAAUACACUAUGUGUUUUCCCAUAUUGAUAGCUUUUUUACAUCAUUAAUGCUUUCAUAUUAUUCUUCAAAUGGCUCUACCAUAAUUUUCCCAGCCAAUUCUCUACCAUUGGGCAUUUAAGUGAUUUCCAGUUUUCUGUUGUUACAACAUCUUGCCACCCAUCCUAGUACAUAUGUUUUUGUCCACAUAUCUAUUUUUUAGGAUGCAUUCCUAGAAGUGGAAUUGCUGGGUUAGAAGAGUAGGCACAUUUUAAGAUAUCUCAUGCAUACUGACAAAAUGGCACUGCUAAUUUACCCUCCAAGGCUAUUGCCAGUUUUCAAAAAGACCUAAGUAAGUAAAGAAAAUCUGGUACAUUUUAUCUCUGGACUAGGUAACACAGACUCAUCAACUCUAAGCUUUUGGCCAGAAUUACAGCAAUUCCGACCCACCAUGUUAGUUAUUGACACUUGCUGACCGGAAGCUAACUGGCUAUCAGGUUUUGGAUCAGUAUGGAAAGAGAAAGCAAGUUAGUGACUUAAAGCCUAUCAACUUUUCCGGGGGCCAAAAUAUUCAAAACCUGGUGAGCCGUGAGGAUUCCUAGUAAUAAAAGCAUUGGGGACAACUGGACCCCGGUGUCUGGCAUGGGCCCAGGACAGAAUCUUAAUUCUACAGGUGGGGCACUGCGACCCUGCCCGUGUCUAAACGCCCAACUCUCCUGACUCAAAGUCCACGCUGCUGCCCCAACUUAGUGCUACUCAAAGGAGGGCCACCCACUUGCCCCAACCUGCCCUGCCCCGAAAGGUGCCGCACACCGGCAGCGCCGCCCUGGCGGUGACCUGAUGCGGUUCAGCUGGCAGCUGCGCAUGCUCCGUCCUGCGCGCAGCCUCUAGGCGCCAGAGGGCGCGCUCCCCUCCAAGGCCCCGCCCCCACGGCCCCGCCCUCUGAGCCGUUGGGAUUUGAAUCUCCGGCGGGCUGCGGCUGGGAGUACCGACCCUCCAGUCCGGCAUGGAAAGCCCGGGCCCCAGCGUACGGUGCCCGGUGCAAGAGCAGCGUGCCCGUUGGGAGCGGAAACGCGCCUGCACUGCCCGGGAGCUGCUGGAGACCGAGCGGCGCUACCAGGAACAGCUGGGGCUGGUGGCCACGUACUUCGUGGGGAUUCUGAGAGCCAAGGGCACCCUGCGACCACCAGAGCGCCAGGCCCUGUUUGGGCCCUGGGAGCUCAUUUACGGCGCCAGCCAAGAGCUGCUUCCCUACCUCGAAGGAGGGCGCUGGGGACAGGGGCUGGAGGGCUUCUGCCCCCACCUGGAGCUCUACACCCAAUUUGCUGCCAACGCUGAGAGGUCCCGGACCACCCUGCAGGAGCAAUUAAAGAAGAACAAACGUUUCCGGAGGUUUGUGCGACUUCAGGAAGGUCGCCCUGAGUUUGGGGGCAUUCAGCUCCAGGACCUGCUCCCUCUGCCUCUGCAGAGGCUCCAGCAGUAUGAGAAUCUUGCCAUUGCUUUGGCUGAAAACACAGGUCCCAACAGCCCUGACCAUGAACAGCUCACAAGGGCUGCCCGGCGGAUAAGUGACACUGCCCAGAGAGUCCACACCAUCAGUCAGAAACAGAAGAAUGACCAGCACCUCCAGCGUGUCCAGGCUCUGCUCAGUGGACGGCAGGCAAAGGGGCUUAUCUCAGGUCGCUGGUUCCUACGCCAGGGUUGGCUGCUGGUGGUGCCUCCCCGAGGGGAGCCUCGGCCCCGAAUGUUCUUCCUCUUCUCUGAUGCACUCCUCAUGGCCAAGCCUCGACCUCCAUUGCACCUGCUGCAGAGUGGCACCUUUGCUUGCCAGGCCCUCUACCCCAUGGCUGAGUGUCAACUCCACAGGGUCUUUGGCCACUCAGGAGGCCCCUGUGGUGGACUGCUCAGCCUGUCCUUUCCCCACGAGAAGCUACUGCUUAUGUCCACAGACCAGGAGGAGCUGUCGCACUGGUACCGCAGUCUGACUUUGGCCAGCAGCAGCCAGAAGAACUAGAGGAAUCUUACAAAUUCGAGUCCAGGAUACCUCAGAGUCGGGAGUACAAAGGAAUCUUCUUCAGUACUAACAAAACACAGACUCUUCACAGUUUGAGAAGGGUCAUUCUGUGUUUGCGUGAGACCAAGACACGCCAUGUCGUUUGAACAGCUCUUGAGAAUCCGGACACCAAACCUGACCCAACUGAACCUCAGCUGAACCAGCUAUUUUUAUGUUGUAUGUAGUUUCUAUAAUUUAUUUUCCCACAGGAUUUUAGUAAAGUUUUUUCUUUUUUGGAGAAGCUUUUUAUCUCAGCUAUGCAAUAUGAGAAAAGGGGUUUCUGUGCCCUGAAGGCUGGCAUGACGGCGGCCUCAGGAAUACAAAGAGAAGGACUGGAGCUCCCUCUGUCUUCUCAGCUCCUGCACUGGAAGACAGCCUCUUUAUGUCCUAAUAAGGGAAGCUUUUCAAGAAGGCCCAGUUGUUUUUAGGCACCUAGUAUGGGGGUGUGUGUGUGUGUGUGUGUGACCAGCUGGAAUGGAAAAAGCACACAGGAUCAUCCAGUCACAAGAACAGACUCUGUUUUACUAAACUGUCAGCUGUUGUCCCUCCUUCCCGGUGGGGGCUGUGACUGGGGCCCUUUGCUGCAGCCUUCCGGCAUCUUCUCCUUAGCCCCUGCUCCAUUUCCCUGGGAGUAGCUAGGUUCCUCGUCCCUGUGCUCCAGUUUAGGGGCUCCUCCCAGGCCUGACUGUCACCAGCCUCUUCCUCGUCCUCCUCUAUAGAUAAGUCCUCAGGAAAGGGUGUGCUGGCCUCUGUGAAGAGGAAGAUCAGGCAUGUUCCAGUCUGAGAGGCUUUGUCUCUACCUCCACCAGACUCUCACCUCCCAAACCUGUACCUGGUUCUGGAACCUCCACACCCUUGUUUGGUUUGCUCUCUCGUAGCAGCUGGUGGAUGGCCUGUAGCUUCAUGUGCAAAAGCUCCUGCUGGGCUCCAGCCAGGGUAGUCACACUGCAGAUAUGUCCACUCAGAGG